GUGUCACCCUGCGCCUCCACCCUGCGCUGUCUCACUUAAAGCGCACAGGUGGAGCUGAAGUGGCGCAGUCCGGAUCAUGGAGGCGCUCCCCACAGGUGGAGGAGACGGUGCUGCGGUGGAGCCCACAGCUGUCGUCACCUCUGAGGCGGUGCAGUCUCCAGCAGAAGGCGCUGGAACCGGAGACACUGUUAAAGAUGAGUCAAUGUGUCCCAUAGCAACGAGAGAUGGACAGUGGAUUCACUCGGUCGAUAGUUCUCUGUCGUCGUCCGACAGCGAGGACGAGGGCCUAGGCAAGAAAGACAAGAAGAAAAAACUCAAAAAGAAGAAGAAGAAGAAGGACUCAAGCUCCUCCUCCUCCUCCUCCUCCUCCUCCUCCUCCUCCUCCUCGUCUGACAGUGACUCCGACUCUGAGGAUGACAAGAAGAAGAAGAAGAAGAAGGACAAGGACAAGGAGGAGAAGAACGAUGGAGAGUCGUACGUUUGGGAGACUGUCAUAAUCACUCAGGACGGAGACAGAAUAGUGCAGCAGUCUGUCAAGGAACCUGGAGAGAAAAAGGAGAAGAAGAAAAAGAAGAAGAAAGACAAGAAGAAAAAGGACAAAAAGAAGAAGAAGAAGAAGAAGAAGGUUCAUGAUUCUUCUAGCUCCUCCUCCUCCUCAUCAUCAUCAUCGUCCGACAGUUCAUCCGACAGUGAGGACGACAAGAAGAAGAAGAAGAAGAAAAAGAAGAAGAAGAAGAAGAAAAAGAAUAAGGACUCGAGCUCCUCUUCUUCAUCCUCUUCAUCAUCCAGCUCCUCCUCCGACAGCGACGACGACAAGAAGAAGAAGAAGAAGAAGAAGGACAAGAAGAAGAAGAAAAAGAAGGACAAGAAAAAGGACUCGAGCUCUUCCUCUUCAUCCUCCUCAUCUUCAUCUGACAGUGAAAAGGACAAAAAGAAAAAGAAGAAGAAAGACAAGAAGAAGAAGAAAGACAAGAAGAAGAAGACGCCCUGUGCAGAGGACGGUGAGACUCCAGGACCGAGCGUGGACACAGAUCAACACAUGUAUGAAGUUGUUAACGCGGUCAUUGCACUUCUCAAAGCGAGAGAUGAAUUUAAAGAGGGUUUGAGCGGCGACAAAAAGGAUGAACAGAAGGAGCUCGGUGCAAAAGACGGUGAGACUCCAGGACCGAGCGUGGACACAGAUCAACACAUGUAUGAAGUUGUUAACGCGGUCAUUACAGUCCUCAAAGCAAGAGAUGAAUUUAAAGAGGGUUUGAGCGGCGACAAAAAGAAGAAGAAGAAAGACAAGAAGAAGAAGAAGGACAAGAAGAAGAAGGACAAGAAGAAAAAGGACAAAAAGAAAAAGAAGGACAAGAAAAAGGAUUCGAGCUCUUCCUCUUCUUCAUCAUCUUCAUCAUCUUCAUCAUCAUCAUCCUCCUCCUCCUCCUCCUCAUCUUCAUCUGACAGUGAAAAGGACGAAAAGAAGAAGAAGAAGAAGAAGAAAGACAAGAAAAAGGUCAAAUGUUUUGUUUGUUGAUGUUCCAUCAAAAUGAUCAAACAUUUGUGACGUAAAACUGCAGCAUCUGAGACGUCACCUCCAGACAACGAUCAAUAAAAUGAUCCAUGAUCAUUUAUCAGUUCAUUAGUUUGAGACAACACGCACCAACAUGCACCAACACGCACCAACACGCACCAACACGCACCAACACGCACCAACACGCACCAACACGCACCAACACGCACCGGUGCGUGUUGGACUCAGGGCUGCCCUUUGUCACCGGUUCUGUUCAUUAUAUUUAUGGACACAAUUUCUAGGCGCAGUCAGGGGCCGGAGGGGGCCUGGUUUGGGAACCACAGGAUUUCAUC